GGACAUAAUAGAAGAAAAGAAUGGAAUCGUUAUGAAUUUCGCAAAAAUGUGCCAAUCAUAAUGAAUUUCGUUGAACUCUCGAAAAAAGAUCGUGAACGAAGCGAGCAUCGAAGAUCUCGAUCAAACCAUCAAACAUCGUCCCCGGCAUCUGGAUGGUUCCCAAAGGCUGCUGCAUACCAGACGGCGCAUGGUCGCGCUAGUUUAUCGCGAAUUGGGAGCCAGAGGCUCGAAGGGAAUCGUAACCUUCGCGGAUGCAUCGUGGGCGAGCAAUGAGCAGCGGACAUUAUUUUCGAACUGUCCGUGGGAAAGCUGCGAUCGGUGGAGGAUGAGUCGAAGGGUAUAUAUCGGCUGGCAUUGCGCAACUCCGCGGCGAAAACGCGGGGGACCGCAUGGCGCGGUGGAGUCGCUGUUGGCGCAUGCGCGGUGAUUUGGUUGGGCCGCCGUGGCUGCGUCUCCUCCGAAAUGUUGAUGCUAAAUAAAACUCCUAGCUGCUUGGGACGAUGCCAUGCGUUCUAAUUUUCACGAAGGCACGGUCGCUGGUGGACGUCGGUAGCCCGGGACGUGGUCUGCCGCGUCGUUGGAGGCGGAUGAUACGAUAGUCUUCCGAAGCUCUCCGGGUUACCUGUUCUUCGUGGCGAGGAGAGGAGGGAAGUCGCUAGAGGACGAGUAGAAACGUCUCUUUCUUUUUCCGUUGAGGCGAUAUACGAGAGAAAAAUCGGUGGCCAGGCGAUUUCGGCAAUCGCGAGGAGUAUCGCGGUGAUCGUGAGUUAGAGUUGCUAGCGCUGCUGACCGUGGCAGCCGACUAGCCAGAGAGAGGAAGCCAAGUACCGAGAGAUUAGGCUUCGUCGGCCAACCAAAUCCGGACCAGAGUGCUCCGUCCGCGGUUUUUCCAUGCGAACGCUCCGGUGACAUGGCUGCCGCCCUUCUGGGCAAGUGCAUCGGCUUACUGGCUCUGGUGUUGCUUCUCUGCAGUUGUUAUGCCUUCCGCAUACGCGACCACCCGGGGCAAACGGCCUCCCUGUCCUCGACGGAGCAGCCGCAACGCGCCGCUUGCACUUCCAUCUUUGGCAGAUGCCAGGAGAAGACGAUCACGGCCACGUCGACCAGCCGAAAGUGGCACGACACGACUGCAUCGCGUCUUGCCAGCACCGCUCGGAAACCACCUGUCGAGCUGACGUCGACGGAUGACGACGAUGGAGGGUCGGGGGAGGAACACGAGAGACGCGAGAGGACCGGGCGUUUCGUUGAUUCGCUAGCGAGGGAUAAAGCUUCCGGGGUGUCGAGAAGCAUCGAGAUCGACGAGGACGAGGAUGGAGAGGAGGCGAUUGUAGAGGUGGAGGAAGACAGUGCGGAGGAGAUUGCGAGUGAUGAUCUGGAAGCUGAGGAUUCCGAUGACGCUGGAGAAGAGAAUGCCGAAGAUGGCGAUAGCGAGGACGACGACGACGAUGUUGAAAAGAAAGAGGAAACGAAUAGGGAUCAGAAAUUGAAGCAGAAGGUUGUAAAAGAUAAAGACGACGAGGACGAUGAGGAAGAAGAAGAAGAAAAAGAAAUCAAGGAGGAUACGGAAGAGGAAGAAAAAAGUGAAAGAGUAGAUUUGAAGAGGAAAGUAAGUUUGGAGAAGGGAUUGAAGGGGACGGUUAAGUCUCAGAAACAGGAGAAAGUUGUAGAAGAUGAGGAAGAAGAGGAAGAAGACAAGGCAAAAGACGAUGACGUAGAUAAAGACGAGGAUGAAGAAGAAGAAGAGGAAGAAGACGAAGAUGAAGACGAAGAAAAAUCAGAGGAAGUAGUUCCUACUCCUCGGUCAGUAAGGAAACUAGAAAAAGUUCGACACGCGGAUAAAGAAAGGGUUAGAUCCACGGAAACUAUUCCUUUCGUAGAAAAAUCGAAGAUCGAGGUGAAGGAACCCUCUAAAAUAGACAAGAAACCAGAGGAGAUCGCGAGGAAGAUCGAAACAAUGAAGAAACCGGUUGAGAAGAAACCAAUGGAAGCCACGAAGAAAAUCGAACCCAGGACAACGAAAUCUGAUCUCGAACCGUCUAAAUCUACAUCGAAGCCGGAGGAAGAGGCAAAAAUUGUGGCAAAACCAGACGAGAGGACGAAAAUUCCGGUGAAGCCGGACGAUAAAGCAAAAGUUUCAGUGAAACCGGAAGAGUCGAAGACGCGAGAAUCAGCGAAGCAAUCGGAAACGGUGAGAGUGAAAUCAACCAGUGCUCGACCUGCUCCGGCUAAAGUCGCGGAAGUUAAACGAUCCGAUAAAGACGAGCCGAAAGUAAAAACGAAAACGCACGUGGAUGCUGCUUUCACUUUGGCUCGAUUGAACGAUGCGAUACUACGCGUGCCGACCUUCGUGCCAAAUUUCACGGCCGUUGAGAAUUUCGAGUGUCAGCAGCACGGCAAGAUUUUCCUACGACAAUUAAGGGGGUACAAGUUAUGGGCCUUGCAAAUGCUAGAUUCGAGCGCGAAAAUUCCAUCUGGACUUUUACGAGGGAACGUGAACCAGUUUGGAGAUUUUGACGAGUGUCUAGGUGUGAUGGCGCAUGUGAAACUGAAUGAAAACACGAUAAAGGUGCAGGGAAAAUAUUGUCUGGCCAAAAUAGAUUUGUAUCCCUCUCAUCCGAACAUGAAGCUUCCGGUUAAUAUGAUGCAGGCACGUGCUUUCAUAAGAGGAAACAUGCAUGACCCUGGUCAUUUUAUUCCAAAAUUCACGACAGUAAACUGGGCGCUGUGUCUUCCGGCUGUGUGCUCCGCAGAAGACGCACAUAGCGUCCUCAAGCAGGCAUUGGACGACUAUAAUUCUACUACAGGGAUUACAUUUAUGAUAGAUGUCGAUCCUAACAUGUGCUACGUCAAACAGAAAUCACGGAUCUAUUCGAAGGAGACGAUCGGCGUUUUAUAUUUCUACGCAAUGAUCCUUUGCCUGGUUGCUGUUGCAACUACGAGAGAUUAUUUAGUGGUAUCGGAAGGAAAAGGUAAUUAUUCGGAGAGAAUAAUAAUGUCCUUUUCCUUGCGGAGAUCCUUUCGAUCGUUACUGAAGAAAGGAUCGAGGGAAGUUGAUAUUACGUGCAUUCAUGGAAUAAGAGCACUCGUCACGAUUGCUCUUUAUAUUGCUCAUCAGGUUAUAGCAAUCUCGAGGUUACCGUUUUUCAAUCGAAUCGAGCUCACGGAGCUGGCAAAUACACCGAUCACGUCCGUUUUGAGGGUAUCCAUGGUGUACACGGACGCGUUUUUAUUACUCAGCGGUGUUUUAACUGCUUACAAUAUGGCGCAUGAAUUUAUCACGCGGGGUGAGAUUCGAUGGUUCUGCCGUUUUAUUGCCAGAUAUAUCAGACUCACUCCAGCGUUACUCGCAGUGGUGUUUUGGUACGCAUUCGUAAUGGAACACACUGGAUCGGGACCACAAUGGAACAGCAUUAUAAUACCAAAUGCAGAGCUUUGUAAAAACAACGCGUGGACGAAUUUGUUGUACAUACAAAAUUUCUUUCCCUUCGAAGAAAUGUGUGCAACUCAUACCCACCAGUUGGCUUUGGACAUGCAAUUGUCGAUAUUAGCCCCAAUGUUGGUAUUCUUUUUAGAAUGCAGACCAGUGAUUGGAUUACUUGUAAUAUUUUUCUUCACUUUAUUGUCAGCUACACUUCGUUACAUAUCAACGAUGAACAGUUACCUUUCUCUCGUUAUUUUCCAUGGCAUGUCGUUGAAGCACCUUUACAGAACUGCCAACUUAGUUUACGCAUUGCCAUUACAUAGAGCCACGCCAUACGUUUUUGGCGUAGGACUUGGUGUGCUGUUACGUUACACCGGAAGAGACGUCAGGAUCCACAAGGUGUUAGUGAUCUUGGGAUGGUUGAUCGCUAUGGCCUUGGGAUCGUGGUCGUUAUUUUCACCCUGGCAUUUGGCCAGAAGGGACUACGUGUACGAUGCUGAAGAAGCAACCAAUUACGCUGUAAUCAGUCCAGUCCUCUGGGCCUUGGCUUUGUGUUGGCUCAUAUUUGCAUGCUACACGAAUCAUGGAGGUAUAAUAAACAGAUUCCUAUCAAACUAUUGGUUAGUGAUCUUUAGUAGGAUAUCGUAUGCUGUAUACUUAACGCAAUUCGCGGUAUUUUUCUACAACGUUGGGACCACCAGAUACUCUAGCGAGUUUCAGCUUCACAGAGCCAUCGAUCCUCUGGAAGCAGCUACGGUUAUAUUCAUAUCGAUCCUCCUCACCCUAUUCUUCGAUAUCCCUAUGCAAGAAAUUAAGAACGUGCUCAUGGAAAGCACAGACAUUCUGAAUGUAGAAGUGCCUAGUAAAGAAAAAUCGGCGGUUCAACCGCCAGUGGAGCCAGAGAAACCGUACGAAGCAGAGAAGGCGCACGAAAACGAGGAUUUCGACGAUGAUGAAUUAGGUUCUACAGGUUGGGACUGGCAGCGAGAUAUAGUGGGCGUUAGGGACACGAAAUACACGAGCGAAACCCUAGAAGACGAGGAACGAAUUGACAUACCGAUAUGGAACAAGUCAGCUGUACGAAGAACAUCACUCAUCGGUCGCGAUUCUCACGAGCCAGAAAUGAUUCAGCCAUCUUGGCUCAAGGAUCCAAGUAGAAGAUUGUCCAAGAGUGGCGAUGAAUACAGGGACCGUGGGAGAAGGAGUAGAAGCGGUCAAAGGGAUUAUCAGGAGCCAGGAAACGAAGCCAUGAAUCUUUCCAGGAUGCAACAGGAGCGUGAAGAAGCUGUUAAGCGAGGCAGACGCUCGCUCUCCAGAAGUCUCGACUCUAAGAGAUUGUCAACACGGGACAGUGAGAACGAGGAGGAGUAUGCAAGGAGGAGGCAGAGAGAGUACGAGGACGAGGAGGAAGUGGAAGAAGAGGAGGACGAUCCUAGACGGUACAGGAGAUCUCAGUCCAGAGGGAGAUCCGUGAUUAGGGAAUCGGACGAUUAUCGUUCGUGGGAGUUCGUCGGUAAGGAACGUUCAUCCUCCAGGGGUCCAGACUCUAAAAGGCUCUCGAGAAAAUCGGAGGAGCGCGAGUCUGCGCAAAGACAAACAAGACCGCCGCUCUCGAGAUCCAGCGACGUUAGGAAAACGAUCUCCUCGGAGAGCGAUGACGAGCAUUCCUCGCAGCGAAGGAAAAUUGAGAAAAGGCAUCCGUCUGUGGAGCCGAGGAUAAGCGACGAGGAGGAUUGGGAGAGCGAGCUGAGGAUAAGAAGGAAACAAUUUAUGGAGAAGCUCGCGACCCACCAGCAAGAAUCUUUAGCAGACGAGGAAGACGUAAACUCCCUAAGAAGGAGGUCCUCGGCGGAAGGUAAGAUAGCCCUGUUGAAGGACCUCACUGCGGAUGACAACAUGGACUCGUGGACGGUCAGCGUGGGCUCGCGUGUCGCUCAGCUUGGCUCGUCUCAAGAACGCAGCGAAACCGAGGAAGAUGCUGCUGCUGCUCGUCGAAGGGAGUAUCGUGAACAAGCUCCACCGCCAAGGGAGGACACUCAGAGCGAGGAGGAAGUAAUCUGGGACUCGUCGAGGAGACGAUCCUACACGAGCAGCAGUCAAGUGACUUCAAUCGAGGAGGAUGACGACGUAGCUAGUUAUGACUUUGUGUUGACGAAAGACAGUAAGAGGAUAUCCGUGCAAGACUUGUCGAAACUCUCUCAGGAUGAUUCUGACCUGACGGAUUCUGGAUGGAACGUUGUAAAAAAGGAUAGUGGCGAGGAGUUGCUUAGAUCUUCCUCGACGGGUCUGUACAAACGCGAAUCGAUUAUAAAAAGCCAGGCUAGUGAAGAAGAUCCGGAGUACCUUCUUCCAGAGAGACCAAAGCUUGUUCAACAAGAACGAGAACAUCCGUUUAAAAAGGCUUGGCAGAUGCAGAAAUCUCGUUCCGAGGAAGACGGUUCUGGGGCGUACGCGAUCAAAGAGACGAAAGAGCAACCUAAAACAGAAAGUAAAUCGAAAGGCGAUGAUAUUUCGCCGGAGGAAGUUAAGAAGGAAUUCGGUGGAGAACAGUAUGAAGAUACGGGCGCAUUCGCCGAUGACGAGUCGGAAUCGAUCACGCUGGCGCGUAGCAGGAGUACUGACACAGAGGAAAACACCAGGACCAGUUCGAAGUCCGAAGAAGUCGAGUCUACCUCGACAGAGAGGAGCAAGAGCUCAGAGACUAACAAAGGUAACCUGAAAUCAUCGGACGUCGAGGAGGACUCUUUAAGAUCUAAUUGGCCGUCUGAGGACGAGCAACUGGAAGUUUGUAAAACAGGCCCAAGGUAAAUCGGAAGAUCGGAAGAGACCGAAUGGACCUGGGAAAGGGAAGAGACUUGA